AUGUCGAGCUUCUUGCAGGCCUCAAAUCGAAGGUUUUCGGUGGUUGGAGAUGGCUACCCUGGGGCGGUUUCCCUUUCCUUUCCCGUAACAAAUAUUUUAGCGGCCUACAUCAAUCAUAAAAGCCACUCGUUUUCUCAAAUAUUGAGCGACGCCUGCAUAAAUUGGGGUUCAUUCUAUUUGGAAAACCUAAUCCGCCGAAAACCAGGUCACUGUUUCGAGCAGCAUUUGCUACCCUUUCCACCACUGACACCAAUGCAACGCCCACAACAUCAAAGAAAUGCUACUAAAAGUGUAAAUAGAGCUGUUUCAUUUGAAUCCCCACUGAAGUUGCUGCCUCUGCAUCUCACAUGUGGACUAGGCCUAGCUUUAGGUUUCUGGGUGGCCUUCAUUAUUUACUCCUUGACGAUAAUCCAAAAUUCAGCAGAAACUCUUCUUAUAUUAUGGGCAGUGGAGGCUUUAGUCGUGAUUCCGCUCUAUAGUCUGUUUCGCCAUGACACGGAUCAAUGCUCUUUUGUCAAAGCCAUAGUCAGAGGGUUGCUGGGUCUCCCUGCUGGUGCUUUAAUGAAUGCACUAGGAGCAAUUGUGUUGGGCGCACCUGUUGGGAUUCAACAUUUCAAAAAGACAGUUCAUUGGUCUCUUCUAAUGUCCCUCUUCACGUUUGUCCCAGCAGCUGCUGUUUAUGGUUCAUCUUGGACUGACUGGCAUCGGAUAUUUGCUCACACUAAAUCAGUGGGUUCUACAGAUCUAAUUAUCUGUUUAUCUGCACAUGGAGCUGUUAUUGGGGCUUGGUUUGGCGCAUGGCCUAUGCCUCUUGACUGGGAAAGACCUUGGCAGGAGUGGCCAAUUUGCGUGACUUAUGGUGCUAUUUUUGGGUACUCGAUUGGAUUGGUAGUGUCAUUUGGAUUUGUCGUCUAUAACUACCGAGUACACCAUACAAAGACGGACUAA